CUGAACCGUGCGCAUCUCGUCGUGGCGAUCCCGUGAGCGCGCGUGCCUCCGGCGAAUUCUGAAUUUUCGCGUUCUUCCAAGACUUAUCAAGUUGGCUGCUGGACGGUUCAUUGCGGCCUAGAACGGCCGACCUUAUCGGGCAUUGCAGCGCUGAAGUGGUUUUGUCCAUAGUGGCAAUGUGGCUUCUGCGAGCAGUUUUGGUGGCGAUUUUUAUCGCAGGAAGCGAAGUGCUGGCGAUGCCAACGGUCAAUUGCUGCAACGAUCGGGAUCUGGAUUUGGAUCAAAUAGAUCCGCUCAAAUCGGAGGACUCCUACAGUGCGGAUGUCAGACGAAUGAAGCGAAAGCAGCGAGCCGAACAUCUAAUUGCCACAAACUCAAUCUACUUCCAAGAUCCUCUCCAUUCACGCACGACGAAACCACGCACCAGCGAGAAGAAAGCACGCCAAGCUUCCGACGACGAAGCGUUGAGCGAGAAUGCUGUUAGCUUCGACCCAGAGGACAAGAUUAUGCUAAAACUACCGGGGAAACUGUUCGGAAGUGCAUCGUCACUGGUGCUGACGGUGGCGAGAAUGGUCGGCGAUCUGAUAAUGAACAGCGCGAUCCGGUCGGCACGCUUCCUGCAGCUUUUCCAGCCUCUAUUCGGACAAUCUUUGUACAUACAAAUUCCGACGCCGACCCCAGUGGAAACGAAUGAGAUUUGAGAUUAUUGUGGGUUUGGGUGCUAUUGUAUCGUAAGAACUAUUUGUUAACUAGUUCUAGAAAGUAAGAUUUGUUUUACAUAUUUUACACGUUGUCGAUGUAAGUCUCGUUUUAUUAAGAUAUUUAAUAAAUAUGUUGAA